UUGUUUUCUACUCUUGGUGACUCAGUGUCACAGCCUUUGGAACUAGGAGCACAGACUGUGGGACUUGGGGCGCGGACUGCAGGACUAGGAGACACUCGGCCUCUGUUCUGCCUCUUCACCCGAAAGCCACCCGUGUACACCUGUGUCAUCAUGGAGCAUCCCUGUGGCCUCCUAACCCACCAAAAGGAGCCAGUGCCACUGAAGAGCAUCUCUGUGACCUUGUCCAUCUCUGAGUUUGUGGCUGGUGUGUCUGCUACCUUAAACUAUGAGAAUGAGGAGAAAGUUCCUUUGGAGGUCUUCUUUGUUUUCCCCAUGGAUGACGACUCCGCUGUCUACAGCUUUGAGGCCAUGGUGGAUGGGAAGAAAAUUGUGGCAGAAUUACAGGAGAAGAAUGAGGCCCGCACCAACUAUGAGGAUGCCGUCAGCCAGGGCCACCAAGCCUUCCUGUUGGAGGAGGACGACAGCUCCAGGGACGUCUUCUGCUGUAAUUUGGGGAACCUGCCCCCCGGGUCGAAGGCGACCCUGGCCCUGAAGUACGUUCAGGAGCUGCCGCUGGACGCGGACGGGGCCCUGCGCUACGUGCUCCCCGCUGUGCUGAACCCCCGGUACCGGUACCUGCUCUCCGGGGGCGCUGCGGACAGUGGCCUGACCGGGAAGACGCCCAUGGCUCCCGGGGAGCACCUGCCCUACACACUCAGCUUGGAGGCCACCAUCACUUCCCAGCUCGGCAUCGACAGGGUCCAGUGCAACUGCCCCUUGAGUGCCACCGAGUACCUGGGAGAUAGGACUUCUGCUCAGGUGUCCUUGGCUGAGGGACACAAGUUUGACCGGGACGUGGAGCUCCUGAUUCACUACCGCGAGGUGCACGCCCCCAGCGUAGCUGUGGAGCUGGGCAAGCCUGCGGCGAAGCCCGAUUGUUUGAUGGGAGAUCCAUCUGCCAUGGUGAGUUUCUACCCAAAUAUCCCAGAAGACCAGUCACCAAUUACAUGUGGAGAAUUUGUCUUCCUCAUGGACUGUUCAGGAAGUAUGGGGUGUCCCAUGAGUAACCAGGAUAAAUCUCAGCUGCGCAUAGAGGCAGCCAAGGAAACGCUGAUUUGGCUGCUGAAGAGUUUGCCUAUAGGCUGUUACUUCAACAUCUAUGGAUUUGGAUCUUCCUAUGAGGCCUUCUUUCAGAACAGUGUGAAGUACACUCAGGACACCAUGGAGGAGGCACUGAGGAGGGUCAAGCUGAUGCAGGCUGACCUCGGGGGCACCGAAAUCCUGGCUCCACUCAAGAACAUUUACAGUGCAGCUUCCAUCCCAGGACACCCUCUCCAGCUUUUUGUCUUCACAGAUGGAGAAGUUGACGACACAUUCAGUGUCAUUAGUGAAGUGAAGAGCAACAGACUGAGGCACAGGUAGGAGAUGAUGUGUUUUCUGGGCGACUGGCCCAGGUAGUGCCCAUGUAACCUAGUGCCGCGUGACAGCAGCGUUGACAGCCCUCUGGGGACAGAAUCAUUCAAGACUUUUAGUUUUACCUGCUG